GGGGUCUGAGGGGUCGGUCAUGGCUGCGAACCUGAGUCGGAACGGGCCGGCGCUGCAGGAAGCCUACGUGCGGGUGGUCGCCGAGAAGUCCCCGACUGACUGGGCUCUCUUUACCUAUGAGGGUAACAGCAAUGACAUCCGUGUGGCCGGCACUGGGGAGGGGGGCCUGGAGGAGAUGGUGGAGGAGCUCAACAGCGGGAAGGUGAUGUACGCCUUCUGCAGGGUAAAGGACCCCAACUCCGGCCUGCCCAAGUUUGUCCUCAUCAACUGGACGGGCGAGGGUGUGAAUGAUGUGCGGAAGGGAGCGUGCGCCAACCACGUCAGCACCAUGGCCAGCUUCCUGAAGGUGAGGCUGCCCCCUGAGGGCCUCCCAAGGUAUGCUGGCCGCCCUUUAGCGCCCGGCGGCACACUCCUGGUGGGAAGGAGCUCCAGGCCUCCACCCCCCAUCUCGGAGCCCUGGGACACCGCCAUCCACCACCUCAGGCCGUGCAAGCACCCCACCACGGAGACGGGGCUGUUCACAUCCACACUGGCCCAGUGGCACCCCGCCAUGGUGCCCCCAACCAUCACCCCAUAG